AUGCAGGUUGUAAACAAGAGGGAUGCAAAAAUACCCAUUCCUAUUUUUAAAAAACGUACACAUAUUCACUCAACUAUUCAUACGGAUUGCCAGAAAGCUUAUAGUAGGGUCAACAAAGACUUAGAAGAAGACUUUACAGCGAAUCAUUCCAAGUUAUUUAUUAACCUAGAGAUCCAAUGCCAUAAUCAUCUAAUUCAGAGUUUGCGGGGAAAGCUAAAUUGA